AUGGGGUACACUCGCUCGUGGGCUCUACAGUUAUCAAGGAGUUUAUUCAAAGUUUCAUCGUUCGGCAAGAACUCUUUACUAGACCCUAGAUUGAAUGUUUUUCACCGAAAUAUUCUUGGGUACGGCUCAAUAAGGUGUGCAUCACAAUCUGCUCAAAUUUCGAAUAAGCCGAAUUACAACGUUGGAACAAUAGGUCAUAUUGACCACGGGAAGACCACACUUACUGCUGCCAUCACUCAUGUAUUAAGUAAACAAGGAUUAGCGAAAGCUGUGAAAUUCGAUGAAAUUGACAAGGCUAAAGAAGAAAAGAAACGAGGAAUCACUAUAAAUAUAGCACAUAUUGGGUAUGAAAGUAAAGCGAGGAGAUAUUCACAUACUGAUUGUCCUGGCCACUCCGAUUUCAUCAAGAACAUGAUCUGCGGUACAGCUCAGAUGGAUGCUGCAAUUCUGGUGAUCGCUGCCACCGAUGGAGUGAUGGCCCAAACUAAGGAACAUCUCAUCCUGGCUCGUCAGAUUGGCUUAAAACACAUCAUUGUCUAUAUUAAUAAAGCUGAUCUAGUCGACGGAGAUGUCCUUGAUCUUGUGGAAAUCGAAGCACGAGAGCUAUUGUCGGCUCAAGGUUUUGACGGUGACAACGCUCCUGUAAUCCGCGGUUCUGCUUUGAAUGCACUUGAAGGUCUAGACACCUCUAGCGUAGCCGAAUUGAUUUCAGUCCUUGAUGCACUCCCUGAACCGCAACGAAUUGAUGAUGAAACCCUCGUGAUGCCUGUGGCUUCCAAGACGCCUAUAACUGGACGAGGUACGGUGGUCGUCGGUACAAUAGAGAGAGGUGUUCUUAAAAAAGGUGACAAGUUGGAGAUAAAAGGCAAUGAUAGGGAAGUGUUAACAACGGCAUCCGAUAUCCAGGUUUUCGGAAAAAGUGUCAAGGAGGUUCGAGCUGGUGACCAUUGCGGCAUUCUCUGCAGAGGAGUAAAGCCUGAUCAUGUUGUGCGAGGUAUGUGGCUAGGCCACGUUGGCGCUAUUCAAGUAACAAAUCACGUGAAAGCAGAGAUAUACCUGCUUAGCGAAGAAGAAAACAAUCGACGAGUUGGCAUUCGAUCUGGGUUCACUGAUAAGAUGUUCUGCAGUACUUGGGAUCAGGUUGCACGUUUUGAUCUUUCACAAGAGAUGAUUAUGCCUGGAGAAAAUGCUAGUGCAACAGUCACACUUAUACGCGCACGAUGCCAUUUCGUAAAGGAAUAUCGUUCACUCUGA